GGAGCCGGAGCCGGCGGUUGCAGCGGAGGCGGUGAUGUCGGUGCAGGUUGUGUCAGCCGCGGCUGCCGCCAAGGUGCCUGAGGUGGACCUGAAGGACCUGAGCCCGUCGGAGGCUGAAGCCCAGCUCGGACUGAGCACGGCGACCGUGGGCGCCAUGACUCCCCCGGUGGGCGGCGGAGACCCCGAAGCUCCAGCUCCAGCCGCUGAGCGGCCCCCGGCCCCCGGCCCGGGAUCGGGGCCCACAGCCGCUCUCAGCCCGGCGGCCGGGAAGGUGCCCCAGGCGUCGGCCAUGAAGCGGAGCGACCCGCAUCACCAGCACCAGCGGCACCGCGACGGCGGAGAGGCCCUGGUCAGCCCCGACGGCACGGUCACCGAGGCGCCGCGCACCGUCAAGAAGCAGAUCCAGUUUGCUGACCAGAAGCAGGAAUUCAACAAACGUCCCACCAAAAUUGGACGUCGCUCUCUGUCUCGUUCUAUUUCUCAGUCAUCUACUGACAGCUACAGCUCAGCGGCUUCAUACACAGAUAGUUCUGACGAUGAGACAUCCCCCAGAGACAAGCAGCAAAAGAGCUCGAAGGGAAGCAGUGACUUCUGUGUCAAGAACAUCAAGCAGGCGGAGUUUGGUCGCAGAGAAAUUGAAAUUGCUGAGCAAGAAAUGCCUGCACUGAUGGCUUUGAGGAAGAGAGCCCAAGGAGAAAAGCCUUUGGCUGGAGCCAAAAUUGUGGGUUGUACACACAUCACUGCCCAGACCGCUGUGCUUAUGGAAACUCUGGGUGCUCUGGGGGCACAGUGCCGAUGGGCUGCCUGCAAUAUCUAUUCCACUCUCAACGAAGUGGCGGCUGCUCUAGCAGAAAGUGGAUUUCCUGUCUUUGCCUGGAAGGGAGAGUCAGAAGAUGACUUCUGGUGGUGCAUUGACAGAUGUGUGAAUGUGGAGGGCUGGCAGCCAAACAUGAUCUUGGAUGAUGGAGGAGAUCUUACUCAUUGGAUUUAUAAAAAGUAUCCCAACAUGUUCAAGAAAAUCAAGGGCAUAGUCGAGGAGAGUGUUACUGGAGUCCAUAGGCUCUACCAGCUGUCCAAAGCUGGGAAGCUGUGUGUUCCAGCCAUGAAUGUCAAUGAUUCCGUCACUAAACAGAAAUUUGACAAUCUCUACUGUUGCCGUGAAUCAAUUCUUGAUGGACUAAAAAGGACAACAGACAUGAUGUUUGGUGGAAAGCAAGUAGUGGUCUGUGGCUAUGGAGAGGUGGGGAAGGGGUGCUGCGCUGCUCUGAAGGCCAUGGGCUCCAUCGUGUAUGUAACCGAGAUCGACCCCAUCUGUGCCCUGCAAGCCUGUAUGGAUGGAUUUCGACUGGUGAAAUUAAAUGAAGUCAUCCGGCAAGUGGACAUUGUUAUUACCUGUACAGGUAACAAGAAUGUGGUAACCAGGGAGCACCUGGACCGGAUGAAGAAUAGCUGCAUCGUUUGUAACAUGGGCCAUUCUAACACGGAGAUUGAUGUGGCAAGUCUGCGGACACCAGAACUGACCUGGGAGCGAGUGAGAUCCCAAGUUGACCAUGUGAUAUGGCCUGAUGGCAAAAGGAUAGUGCUGCUAGCAGAGGGCCGUCUGCUGAACCUAAGCUGCUCCACAGUGCCUACAUUUGUGCUCUCAAUCACUGCUACUACUCAGGCUCUCGCCUUGAUAGAGCUUUACAACGCUCCUGAGGGUCGCUAUAAGCAGGAUGUCUACCUGUUGCCCAAGAAAAUGGAUGAGUAUGUGGCAAGCCUGCACCUGCCUACCUUUGAUGCCCACCUGACAGAGCUGACGGAUGAACAGGCCAAGUAUCUGGGACUCAACAAGAAUGGGCCCUUCAAGCCUAAUUACUACAGGUAUUAAAUUCCUGUAACUGAAGCCAGAAGACAUUUUAAGGAAUAGAACUCCAUGCCUUUUCUCCACUACUCUCCAAGGAAGAACCUAGCAAGCUGCUUCUCCAGUCAGAGCUGCUCGCCGUGCUCACCCUAUGUGUUAGGUUAUUUAUUUAUUAAAAUCUAGAAUCCUGUGCCUGGAGCCUUGGCCCAGAGUGUGAUUACUACUCAUAGGGCCAUGAGAGCCGCGGAGGCCAGGCUAAGGAAAGGAAGAGAUGGGUAACCAUUCCUAGUGCAUCGGUCACAUCAUUGCCCACUGACAGAAUCCUCAGCAGUGGCUCCUUUCUCUUUCCAGGCUCAGGAGUUAGUUCAGGGAUGCCAAACGCCCUGUUCCUUAGGGUAGUAAGGCAUAAAUCUUCAGCAGCUGCCUUUCUCAAAGCUUUGUCCCUUUCCCAAGUAAGGCCUUCUGAAAGCCACUGAUUUAACAUGGCCUGGAUUCCCAACCUUGACAGACCCUAACACUGCCUUCUUUAUGGAAAGGCUGGAGAGAGAAGGCAUGUGAAGUCUCACGAGCUGCACCAGGAACUCAGCCGUGCCUGUGCCUGUGCCUACUGGGGUCUCCUUAUUUACCCAAGACUCCUCUCUUCUCCUUUAAUACUUGUGUCCAUUUUGAUGCUUUCUGGUUCCAAGGAGGAGUGCCUCCAUGAUCUCCAUAGUUCUGGUGUUUGUCAGACUUCUUCCUAACCCACCAAAGUCCACUUAGGAAGUGGGGGAGCAGCUCCAUUUACACCCAGAGUUUUGCUUCCAUGUCAUUUAACUGGAUAGUUUUCCUAGCAAACCCCCACCAGGCUGGCAGCGUCUCAAAAUAAGGAGGGCUUGUGGAAUACUGCUUUCUGAAAUUUCUGUUUUGCCUGGAACUAUUUCUGAAACUGAGCUGGGAAAGACUUGGAAGUUUAAACCUUUGGAAAUGGGGCAAGUCUUUGAGGCACACACUUGACAUCCCAAAGGAACAAGUAUGUUCGUUUGUUUCCCAGCAAAGACUAAGCAGUUUGCUUGGCUAAGGAAGAAAGAAAGGCACUGUAAAGAGUAAACUCCACCAGAUAAUCAAAACUACUUUGAUGACUGGGGAUACAGCUCAGUGCUAGAGCACUUUUCUACCAUAUACAAGACCCAGGUUUCAGUCCCUGGGUACCACCAAAAAUUUUUAAGAAAAUAACAAAAAACAAACCUAGUUUGAACCUCAUCAGACAUUCAUCCCUGUGGCUGUUACCGUUGAUGAAAGCGAGAUCUGCAAUCUGAUCUGUCUUUCUUCUCUGUUGGCAUAUCUUUAUAAUCUGACCCCUUUCAUUUAAGGAUUCUGUUUCAGAGGUUUCUUAAGUAACUCAAGCUUUAUAAAAUAAUUAGUAAUAUGAGCAGUGUGAAAUUUUAUGUUCCACCCAAGAGAUUUCUUUUGGAAACUGACUGACUACUUUUAAGGUUUUCAUUGGACUCAAUUGGUUCUAAAAGUUAAAACCUGGAGUGACCCUAGGAAUCUUCAGCAAAAUGAAUCUCUCCCAUAGCCCACCCUUUUAAGCAGCCUCACAUUUGCUUCCCAUGCUUUACUUAUGCUGGUCAGCCUCAAAGUCUCAAGACCAAAGUGACUGAGAAAACACCAGAGUACCCAGAAUUAUAACCUUCCCCUCUCGUUCCUCCUCCCCUGCCUCCACACUCCAGCUUCCCGCGGUCUUCAUGUAUGCCCUCGAGGCUAGAGUGGAAGUGUCCUUACUUUUGGAGAUACAGAGGUAGAACUUGAGUAAGUAGCUAUUUGCCUCAUUAAACAGUAUAUAGACUCAACCCAUAGAGUGAAUCAUCAAAAGACACGUGUGGAAAAGUGCCACAUAAUAUGACUAUUUUCUGUUUUUUAUAAGACCAUAAAUGCUAAAAAAUCCCACUAGACUACUCAAUUCUUCUGCUUGCCAUGAUUUUUAUCUUAAUUAAUUGAAGCGCUCACUCUCUGAGUUUUUUUGUUUGUUUUUUGAGGUAGGGUCUCUCUCUAGCCCAGGCUGACCUGGAAUUCACUAUGUGGUCUCAGGCUGGCCUCGAACUCCCAGAGAUUCUCUUACCUCUGCCUCCUGAGUGCUGGGGAUUAAAGGUGUACGCCACCACACCCGGCUUUCUUGUUUUUUGAGACAGGGUUUCACUCUGUAGCUCAGGCUAGUCUAGAUCUCACUGUGUCACCCAGGCUCAAACUCAUGGCAGUCACCCUGCCUCAGCCAGGUAUUAAAGGUGCAACCACACCUGAUGACUCUUAAUUGGAUCUUUUUAGCAAAAGUUUCAGAUCUUUUUACCUCAUGUUGUAUCCAAAACAGAUGUCAAUAGGCAGACAUCUGGACUCUAACCUAUUAUGUUCUUAAGCCAAAAAAUCAUAGCUGUCAGCAAAGCCUUGCUCUCUACAGAGCUUACUAUGUGCUGGCACUUAUAAAAUACACCAUACUAAGCCAGGCAUGGUGGCGCACACCUUUAAUCCCAGCACUCGGGAGGCAGAGGUAGGAGGAUCGCCAUGAGUUCAAGGCCACCCUGAGAAAUACAGAAUGAAUUCCAGGUCAGCCUAGACUAGAGUGAAACCCUACCUCGAAAAACAGAAAAGAAAAAAAAAAAAAUACACCACACUAAAGAGACCUGCUCCAUAUAGAAAAGGUGCCACACAGGCUUCAACGUUAGGUGGCAGUGUGACUGCCCAUGGCGAGUAUUCACCUUUGAGUUGUAGAGAAUCUUACCCUCCGGAGACCCUGUGUCCCUGACCCCUGGUAUAGCUCAGUGGUAAAGCAUUUGCCUUUGCACAAAGCCCUGGGUUGAAUGCUCAUUACUUGGGGUACAGAAAAAGAGAGAAGGUGGCCCAAGCUCUCUAUUUGGGUUCUCCCUAUUGGAACCAGGUCAUUCCCUCUAACCUUGGAAUCAGAGCAACCUCCUCCUUAGCAUCCUAGCUGUCAGGAGGCAAGGGAAGAACCUAAUUAUCUCUUUCUAUGUGGUCCUGGUCUGUGGGGAUACAUAACCAUUUACUGCAAAGCAUUUGUGCUAGUUUCAAGGUCUUCUUGCCUUCUUGGUGGAAAUAUUGUUUCUUUUGUCUUACAAAGUCAAACGCCUUCUGCCUUCAGUGUUCUUUCCCGCUGCCCUCCUGCCUUCCCCCUCACCCACCCCUCCCGGGUGAGCACGGCUCUCCAUGGCCACAUACUCCUGCAAAGCUUAUUUGCUGCUUGGCUUUUCUCUGAACAGAUCUGAAAUUGCUGCUCCUGUGGUUUUUCUCAAAAUUAACUUUGUCAUGGUUUAAAAAUAAAAUCCAAAUGCGUUGUUGCAUUAAGCUUUUUUUAAUAAAGGAAAAUUAUGGAAAGAAAGUAGGCAACACCAGCAAAUUAUAUGUGGACAAGUCCUAACCUAUAUAUAUAUAUAUACGUAUCUAUCUAAAUAAUUGUCUAGUCCUCACUGUCCUCUUCUGACAGGAGUAAAACCUCUAAGGAUCACCAGUUCUGAGAAGCUCUUGGAAAUCUUUAUGUCUAAGCGAUUGUAUUAGAUCAGCAAUAAUGACUAUGUAAUCUCAAAAGACAAAUAAAAUACUCUUAAAAUGGA